CUUUCUCUUUGCUCUAUAUCCAGACAGAACGUUGAUACAGCCUUGGUGCAGUAGAAGCAGAAGUCACAUUUACACAAGAUUGCCAAUUAUAUAACUUCACAGCGGGACGCCUCUAACAAACUUCAUUUUGAUCAGAGCGAUACGGCGGUGAGCUUGGCAUAGCAAGGCAUCCGAUUGAUUGCUCGUGAGAAGACACCCUCACUGGUUGAGACGAUGCCAAGCCCUUACGCAUCCUUGCAGCAUUCAUGAAUGGCUUCGCGGAUCCGGCGCUGUAUGAUUCGAGCAAGGCCAGCGGAAUGCUUGUGGAUGGAUGAACUAGGCUGACUUUGAUGAGGUCGUCGUAGUGUAGGUUAUUUAGCAAGAAAAGUAUAACACCUUGAUGCUGUUGGGCAGCUCUUAAGAAUGGUGCAGAGAAGUUAUGCAGGUGGUUUCUAAAAAGCUGGAAAUUGUACUGUGGAUAACCUUGGACCAAACUUGAUCAAGCUUUGAAGCAAUGCCAUGGUUUUAUCUUGAAUGAAGUGAUUUAUUUUCUUCAUAAGUUAAUUUCUAUAUCUUGAGACACAGUUUAAACAUUUUUCCUCUAAUAGCUACGAGAAACAAGUUAAUUAGUAGUUGUCGUACAGUUCAGCCAGAACGAUUGUACCGAAGAGGAGUCGCGACAUAUGAUUUGUUUUCCCCCAUGCGAGGGCGCAUCUUAGAUGUUUUGAUCGGUAAUCGUGAUCCAGACGUCUUCUCUGUCAUGCAGCCGUUCCCGACGAUCCUGCGCAAGUGGCGAUACGGCUUUGUCUUGUCCCUGCUCCUGACCCUGGCCCUGAUCAUCUACAACUGCUCGACGGAGCACAAGUAUGUCCACUAUGCCACGGGCCGUCACUCCCUCUCCAUCACCUCCACCCAGCUACACCAACCGUCGGAGUACCAUCACCAGAACUUCCCCGAUGAUGUCCUCGACCGCGACCUGAUCUUCCACAUCAACGGUAACGAUGUCAUCGUCUUCCUGCACAUGCAGAAGACGGGCGGGACGACCCUCGGGAAGCACCUGACGCGGAACCUGGACCUGAGCUCGCCGUGCGAGUGCAUCAAGACCCACAAGCGGUGCUCCUGUUACCGUCCUUCGAGCAAGCACCAGAUAUGGCUCUUCAGCAGGAUGUCGACAGGCUGGCUUUGUGGCCUUCAUGCAGACUGGACAGAGCUGCAGGGCUGUGUACCAGAAGCAAUGGAUAAGAAGGAGAGGAUUAAAAUCAGGAGGAGAUAUUUCUACAUCACCAUGGUACGCAACCCCGUUUCAAGGUACAUCAGCGAAUGGAGGCACACGCAGCGGGGGGCCACGUGGAAGAUGACACGCCACAUGUGCGGUGGACACGUCGCAUCGGAGGAAGAGAUCCCACGGUGCUUCAAAAGCAGUACGUGGAUGGGCGUGUCGCUGCAAGACUUCAUGGCCUGCCCGUCCAACAUGGCCAACAAUAGACAAACGCGCAUGCUCGCGGACCUCAAGCUCGUUAAUUGCUAUAACAAGACGGGGAUGUCGAUGCAGGAGCGGAACCUCAUCAUGCUGUCCAGUGCAAAGGCAAACCUGGAGAGCAUGGCUUUCUUUGGGUUGACGGAAUUCCAGCGCGAAUCGCAGUACUUGUUUGAGAGGACGUUUAAGAUCAACUUCAACACCCCCCUAUAUCAGGCCAAUCUGACCAUAGCAAACGCCUCGCCGAUACAGGACUCGGAGGUGGAGGGGGUGCGGGCGGUGAACCCUCUGGACCUGGAGCUAUAUGCCUUCGCCAGGGACCUUUUCUUCCAGCGGUAUAACUUCAUGAAACUCAUGGAGAAACAGGAGCGAGAGGAUAACAUUCAUCACGUCAGGAUCAACAGCUAACAGUGACUCAUGUCUGAACUCAAAGACUAUCACAGCCCAUGUUUCACUUUCACACGCACAGCACCGUUAUCAAGUACACAAAAUAGAUCAAAAUCGUCCGUUUGGAGCCAGGGGGGCGAUAAUUCAUUUACUUGGACACAAAGUUAGGCCCUUCUGGCUUUAAACAGACAGAGUGUAUUAAACCAGGAGCAGUCUAGUCCACAAAUGACACUCUUUUUUCCAACUUCCGCUCAAUCAAGAAAUCUUCCCAUUUUCCAUAGAAGAAAUUAUCUAGAAAUCACAUUUUCAUCAUUCUUUCCCAAUUUCAGGUUGAUAAGUAUCUAUGGCAUGGAUUUUUGAUGCAUUUCAUCAAGUCAUAUAUCCUUCAUCGUGAAGAAAUAUGUUGAAAGAAUAAACUAAACCGGAGGAUAUCUACAUUAGUUUUAGAUAUUAAAUACAGGGUCAUACAGUAUACAUGUAGUCCUCGCAGGUUAAGAAGCAUGGGAAGAUCAUUUUCUGCCAUUUUUUAAUGGACAUGGAUUGGCAUAAUCUUUGCGGAUACCUAUAUGGACCAGAAAAGUUGGGCCAGACUAAUAAUACUGUUCCUGGAACAUCACACUUAGGAUCUGGAGAGCUAGAGGAUCGUUAGUCCCAAAUAAUCGACUAACAUCUCUCUGGCUCUCAACCAACAUUCUGCCUUUUAGCGUGUUAACGUGUGCAACAUGAAGCAUCGAACCAUGGGCAUUGCUCAGAGUUGUGGUGAAGAAGAGGGGGAAAUUAUUUUAUCAGGUAUUUAUAUUGAUGCGAUUCUCUGUAUCUCUUGUCUGUAUCACAUACAGUGUAUAUAUUCAGUGAUUAUACAGACUAAGAACAAAAACUACAAAAAAAAUACUAACUGACGGGUGCCUAUUGAAUGUUAUUAUGAACUCCAUGUAGGUUUAUGAUAUUUGUACAGAAUUAUGCAGCUAAUACUGAUGUUUUUUCUCCUAUGCAUUGCUUUGAUGAUGUUCGACAAAAGAGGGAGUUUUUGUCUCUUUUUUGUGCUUUUGUUUAUUCUCUUUGUGCUUGAAAUCUGUAGCGAGAGAAGGAACAGAUCUAGAUCUGUCAAGCGUACUACAGCAUAAGACAGAUUUAUCUAAUGUGCUAUUAUUUUAAGCUGCUCCGUGCCAGUCCUUAUGUUUCCAUGGAAACAAUUAUAACUUAUUGCAAGUUGAGUCUUGUGUCAAGACUGAAUUUGUUCAAACUUUCGCUGACCGGUUCCUCCCAGUUUGUCUGCUUCUAUUAAAACCAACUUAAUAUCAGGGUGGACUCUCCCUUUAAUAAUGGUUAAUUUGUGAUGUAUGUCAUGUGACCUCUGUUGAGAGCCAGAAGGGCAAUAACUCUGCGCAAAACAAAGUGAGUCAAUGCCGCUCCGACUCUCGACAAACGUGUCAAAUAAUAUUCUUAAAAUGAUUCCCAUGAAAUUGACAGCAAAAUGUUUGAGGUUUAUAAUUAUGAAUUACAAUGUAGCAAGUAAACUUUGGAAUGAUGAAUGAACUUCAAAAGUUCAAAGUGGUUUCUAAGAAAUUUCUAAUAACGAGUGUGAUGGCCAACGCGUAUAUGUGAUAAAGAAACCUGACAUUGUUUGGGUAAUCAUAAUAAGUAGUUCAAGUUUCUACCUGCCUUAAAAUUUAGUUGGCAAGCUUUCGCCCACUCCUGUGGACUUUCUCAAGCCAAGUGAUUAUUCACACAUUUUCUUGCUGUCUGCUGCCUAAUGAUCACCAGAAAAAAAGAUAGGUUACAAUGAAUAAACAGAGUCCCUAUUCAGAGAAGGAUUGAUCCCUUUUAUCCAGGAGGAUUCUUUCACCUUUCUUGACCAAAAGUGGCAUUUGAACGUCAAUAAUAUGAGUAUAAUUCCAUCCAAUGUUAUGUCCAGUUUAUAACGCCAACAAAGAGUGUUUGAAAAGUAGAGCCUUAUCGCUUGUCUUGAUGAAGACUAACACAGCACCUACACCAUACACCAAUGUGAAUAUAGUGCUAGUGUCUCCAUUGGUGUAAGGUGUAAGAAUUCAGUUUUAAAUAUUAAAGGCCUGAAAAUAAACUUUUGGUUGUACACUGAUCAGUAUAGUGCCCUAAGCAAAAAUAUGAAUAAAGAAUUCAAGAAUUCAGUCAAUUUUGUAAAGGGCACAUAAUGAGGUGGUUUAGAAGUGUAGAAGUGCAUAGAGAUAUAGCAUUUAGUGUUAACUUGGUACAUCAAAACCUGUCUAUAAUGGCCACUCUAGGGAAGCUGUAAACGUGACCACUGUAGACAGGUUCCACACAGGUCCAGCAACUCAUAUUUUAUGCCAGAGAAACUCCGCAUAAAUGAACCCAUAUACCCAGGUCAUCUUAAAAUAGCGAAGAUGGCCACUAAAGACAGGUCAAGUGCAUUUUGGUUGUUAUUUUCUCACAUUUUGGUUGAAUUGUUUAUAAAUCUAUCUGCAGUUGCCAUCUAUUAUCUUUGGUUUUGUUGUUGUAAAUACUAAAAAGUUGAGGAAGAGGCGAGGUGAUAAUGUGCCAUAUUGGUACGCUAUAACUCAGGGAAACUAAUACUACAUGUCGCUGUUAGUAACAGCGUUUUUUUUUUUGUAUCUGAAUUUCGUUACGAGGUAGGUAAAAGGUUCUAAGUAUUUUGUGAUUUGUAACAAAAAAGAAAGAAAGAAAUUGAAUGUUGUACAUGGAUGACCAACUUAAAGCUGUGUUUUGCGGACCAUGGGCUUCUUAUUUUGAAUGAAUGCUCAUUUAUUUCUUGAUUGCUUAUGGUUCGCGGCAGAUUAUUUGAGAACUUGAUUGUAAAAUAUUCUGUUAUGUAUUUCUACUUGAAUUUUCUAUCCAUGGAAAGUAAUGUUCAAUGAGAGAUAUGUUAAAAAGUUUAAUUUCAUCAGAUCAUUACAAGACACAAAUAAGGUUAUCACAAA